CCACACGCAUCUGUUGUAUUCACUGACGCUUGUUUAUCCAGAAAUACAUUGGGGGAUAUCAGUCUCUAGAAAUGAUUCGAAAUUGACAGUUCAUCCAAAAUAAUCAUACAAAUAACCCUUGUUAUUUUUCGCCUUCAUCUCUGAGUAAUCUGACAAAUGCUCAGAUGGCUUCCAAACUAACAGAAGUCCUUCAAGAAUGGGAGACACUGGAAAAGGAUUUCCAACAACUCCAGGAGACCCAGCGGCUUUAUAUGCAGAAGCUGGAUGAAGUCUCCAAGCUCCAGAGCAGCUUUACUGCCUCUAUAACUCGCCAAAGGAAAUGCUUUAAGGAUAUGUCUCAGUCUCUGAAGACAUGCAGUAAAGGAUUAACAGAAGAGGAAAGAAAGUGUGUGGAAGAAAUGAAGGGUCACCUUCGGGAGAGGCCUGCCAUUUUCCUUCAAAUGGAAGCUUUCCUUCCUAAGAAAAAUGGGCUAUAUCUCAGUCUUGUGCUCGGGAAUGUGAACGUCAAUCUUCUAAGCAAGCAGUUAAAGAGUGCCUACAAAGAUGAAUAUGAGAAAUUUAAGCUAUAUGUGACUGUAAUCCUGCUCCUGCUGGGGUUCGUCUGUCAGUUUUUAGUCACCUACAGAUUUGUGGAUGCACUGCUGAACUUCCUCUUGGUCUGGUACUACUGCACUUUAACAAUCCGUGAGAGCAUUCUCAUCAGCAAUGGAUCCAGGAUUAAGGGCUGGUGGGUGUUCCAUCACUACAUCUCAGCGUUUCUAUCUGGGGUCAUGCUGACUUGGCCUGAUGGUGAGCUUUACCAAAUGUUCAGGAACCAGUUUCUUGCCUACUGCUUGUAUCAAAGCUUUGUGCAAUUCCUUCAGUACUACUAUCAAAGUGGAUGCCUUUAUAGACUGAAGGCUUUAGGAGAAAGACACAACAUGGAUCUGACAGUGGAAGGAUUUCAGUCAUGGAUGUGGCGAGGGCUGACCUUUCUGCUGCCCUUUCUAUUCUUUGGUCACUUCUGGCAGUUUUUCAAUGCGAUCUCCCUGUUCAGAAUGGCUCGAUUGCCUGAGUGUAAAGAGUGGCAGGUUUCUAUGUGUGGGAUUUGCUUCUUGAUUUUAUUUACAGGCAACUUCUUUACUACACUCGCAGUGGUGCGUCACAAGCUGAAAAACAAGAGCCAUGGAAAAAGCAAGAGUUCAUAAACUUGACAGUUUUUGAUGUGCAGAAUUUUUUUUGUCAAAAGAUGUUUCACACACCCUUUUUGACAUUUGUGAAAAUUUCUGAUAUGGAUACUUCAAAAUAAAAGCUCAUGAACUG